AUGGAAUCAGACAGAGGAAAAGACAAAAUGACAAAUAUAGAUGAUAUUAUUGAAGUUUUGGGAGAAGGUAAUGAAGGGCUAAAAGAUGUUCACAUAGGCAUAUCAAUGCUAGAGGAUGAUGAUCAAUGUGACAACAUAAGCAAUGAAGCACUUCAUGGCAAUGUUUCGAAUCGCCGCAAUUCUCAAAGGCGACCAUGUCCGUUUGUGUUAAAGACUUAUGAAAUGCUUGCUGACAUUCAGUUCAACUCCUUGAUUUCAUGGAGUAAUAAUGGUACAAGCUUCAUUAUUAACGAUUGUCAUAAAUUUGCUGCUCAAGUUCUACCUUGUUUCUUCCGCCAUAACAAUAUAUGUAGCUUCGUCUGCCAACUCAACAGCUAUGGAUUCAGGAAAGUAAGUUGGGGCAGAUUUGAGUUUCGGCAUGAAUUGUUUCAGAGAGGAAAAAAGCAGUGGUUGAAGAAUAUCAAGAGGAUGACUCCAAAGUCCCAGAUGAAUGAGCAGCCAACUGAGCAAGCUAUUGAUGAAACGGCUACGUUUACAAUGGAAAAGGAAAUUAAAGAAAUCAGGGAAGAGCAAGUCGCAAUGAGGGAAGAAAUCAUAAUGCUGCAACGGCGACUAGAGAUAUUAGAGAAAAAGAUGGAAGACAAUACGCAAGUUGGGAAUAAUAUCUCCUCUAAGAAAGCCAAAAUGCUCUUGUUCAACUCUUUAUUUGCACGCACACGAGAGCUAGGCAGCACUGAAGUUGCACAGGAACAUAGUGAUGAGAUAGAAGAUGGUGUUGAAAACAAGGGAAGAGGCGAUCGAGGUGAAAAAAGGAAAAUGCAAAUUGAAGAAGAGUUGGGGGGAAAGAAUGAAGGGAGAAAGAAGAUUGCAAGUGCUGCAGAUUUUAAGUCUGAUUCAUAUUUGGGAAAAAUGCUCAUGGAUGAGAUGAACAUGAAUAACUUGGCUCAAGAGCAACCUGAUAAUUUCCUGGAAUCGGAGGAGCUUGCUGGAAGUCCGUCUUUUUGGACUGAUUAUGUGGAAAAGAUGGAUCACAAGGCUAUCUUCUCUGGAGUUCGCCCUGGAGUUUCACCCUCAUAUGAUGUUUCUCCUUGA